UAUGACGUGAGACUGAAGAAGACAUGGCGUCUGGUCACGACUCUUGAUAAACAAUUUUUUAGUCCAGCCCUGAAAACAUUAGGAUUGCUUUAUUGAUGCGGAGAUGUUUUUCAGGCUUGUCUAAAUCGAAAAGGAUGGCUGAUAUCGUUGCUAUGGACGUCUCAGCCACAUCUCCCUCUGCAACCGUCUUCCUACCUGCCUCUCCUAUCUUGGAGGACUUUGGUUUCCCCCUGGCCUCUCUAGACAGUGACGACUACGUUUUUGUGGAAGCCAGGCACCCCAACAAGGUCCUGGAGGGCCUGAACAGCCUGCGCCUCAACAAUGCCUUCUGUGAUGUGACACUGUGCUGCGGUGGCCAGGAGUUCCCCUGUCACCGCAUUGUACUGGCCUCUUUUAGCUCUUAUUUCCAGGCCAUGUUCUCCACAGACCUAAUGGAGUCUAGACAGGAGCGGGUGGCCAUAAAUGGAGUGGAACCCCAGAUGAUUGGCAUGCUAGUCAGCUACGCCUAUACAGCUGAGGUGGUUAUCUCAAAGGCCAAUGUGCAGGCCCUGCUAGCUGCAGCCAAUCUCCUGGAUGUGAUGGCGGUUCGUGAGGCCUGCUGCCGCUUCAUGGAGCGCCAGAUGGACGAGAUGAACUGUGUGGGCAUCCACUGCUUUGCCGAAGCCCACUCCUGCAGGGAGCUGGAGAAACGCAGCAUGGACUACAUCCUCCAGCACUUUGCCAGUGUCUGCCAACAGGAGGAGUUUCUGUCUCUGUGUGCGAACAAGCUGACCGAGAUUAUCGCCAGCGACCACUUGAAUGUGGCCAAGGAGGAGACUGUGUUUGAGGCUACAAUGCUGUGGCUGGAUAAAAGCGCCACCCGCAGGCAGAGCUUUGAAAAGGUGCUGGAGCACAUCCGCCUGCCCUUGAUCAGCCCGUACUACAUCCACGAUGUGAUCGAGUCCCUGGAGGUGGUCCGGGAGUCCCAGCACUGUCAGAGGCUCAUCUCUGAGGCCAAGGACUACCUGCUGCUCCAGGACCGACGAGGCGAGCUGUACUGCCCACGGGCACGCCCACGCAGGUCUACCGGGACAGCUGAAGUGAUCGUUACAGUAGGGGGAGAGGAUGACAAGGUUGUUCUGCGGAGUGUGGAGAGUUUUGACCCUCUCACCAGCCAGUGGAGGAGUCUGGCCUGCCUGCCCUUUGCUGUCAGUAAACACGGCCUAGUAGUGUCAGGCUCCACUCUGUACCUGGCUGGAGGAGAGUUUCCUGACGGCUCGGCCAGCAGGGAGAUGUGGCGUUAUGACCCCUGUUUUGACUCCUGGCUGGAAAUGGCCCCAAUGAACGUAGCCCGCUCGGAGCUAGGUCUGGUGAUGUUGGAUGGGUAUGUGUUUGCGGUGGGGGGCUGGGAGGGACGCUCGCGCCUGGACUCAGUGGAGUGUUACAACCCUCAGACCAACACCUGGCAGUUCAUGGAGUCAGUCAAGAUGGCUGUCACCAGCCCUGCGGUGGUGGCGCUGGAUGGACUGCUUUAUGUCACAGGCGGUGCUGUUUUAGAGGACGGUGACGGCACAGACCUGGCUCAGGUGUACAGCCCUAAAACAUCGGUGUGGACGGAGGUGGCCCCCAUGCAGAUCGCUCGCUCCGGCUCAGCUGCCUGCACUCUGAAGGGGAAGAUCUAUGUCAUAGGUGGCUGGCAUGCAUCCACAGAGAACACCGAUAAAGUGGAGUGUUAUGACCCCAAGAGUAACCAAUGGACCAUGUGUGCCCAUAUGAGGGAGAGGCGCUACCGACCCGGGGUGGCCGUGGUGGACGGCAAGAUCUAUGUACUGGGUGGAGAAGAGGGCUGGGACAGGUACCACGACACCAUAGAGCGGUACUGUGAGGAGACCGACAGCUGGGAGAUCGUGGGAGAGAUGCCAACCAGCCGGAGCUGGCUGAGCUGUGUCUCUCUGCAGCUGAGGAAAGACGCCCACGGGGGCAGCCGUCCUGGCACCGCCUCAGGGACUGAGUUCUCUGUGGAUUGAGGGGGCAAGAAAAAGAUGGGGGGAAAACUCCAGACACAGAAGACCUUGUACCAUUCAUUUCUAUGGCUCAAGUGUGCCCCCUUGUGGAGAGCUCUGUGCAUCUCUGCCAGCUACACUGAAAGUCAAACUGCGGACUGUUCAGGUGGAAAACAGAACAGUCACUCUGUGCCAGAGAGGACCAGAAAGCAGUUCCCUAACUUGGUAGGGGUGCUAUGCUGUCUCGUCAUGUGUCCUGACUAUGUCAGGUCAGUGCGCCUAUAGGCUUAAAACGCAGAGAUCAGUAGUGUCACUUCCUUAGUGGUAAGCCUGUCAAGUGGUCCUUAUUUAUAUCACAAUGAAAGCCUGUUCACACUCAUUUAAUGUCAUGGAUCCAUCAUUUUGCCAUAGCAAACAUGUGAGUUAGUGUUUAUCUAUGGUUAAAGUGUCCGGUCACCCAUUUAAUAUUUUUUAUGUUCCAAUUUUGGGGUCAGUUGUUCAUUGGAAGACCUUAUAAUGGUGAAUUAGCAAAAAUACUGUCAUCAACCAUUGUAGUGUAUUUUUGUACAAUUUUAUGUUUUGUAUUUAUUUGAUGCCUUUAGUUGUAGAAAUGACCAUGUAAAAAUAAUCAGUAUUUGAGACAUUUGUAAUGACAUUUGUAGUAGGUUAUUUCUUUUAUGGCUGGGUUGCUCUCUUGCAAAUUCUGUUCACAACUGCCUUUGACUGCUUGUUAAAUGUCUAAAGUAAUCAGUGUGCUAUGUAAAUGAUUCCUGGGUAACUUUGAGUGAGUUUUGGAGUGCUUUCUGUGAAGUUGUUUUAAUCAUACUGUAAGUGAAUAAUACAUGUACCCUUUUCAUUUAAAUGUUAAAAGAAUCUGGGGACACCAAUAUGAUGGUUGAAUCAAUGGGUGCAUCACAAUCUGUUUAACUUUAAACCUAAUAACCAAGAAAUUCAAAAAUAAUUAAAGAAAACUACCAUA